CUUGCCCUCUGUAAUGCGUUGUGACUUCCAAUUUUUGAGAUGAGUUGAGGAAUGAGAAAAUUGUGGUAAACGAACACCUUUGAAAAAACAACCAACCGAAUUCUAGAGAAAUCUCAUCAAAUCCACAAGAUAUUCGCAUUUAUUCAUCCGGGUUUCAAAUUUCUAGAUUGAAAUUGAAAUCUUCCAGAGUUUCUUAAAGAAAUUAGGGCCUUCUUCUCUCUUUCAACCCAGAAGAAGGCUCUGUUUCUUUUGAGCACUAGAGAUUGUUGUGGGUGUUCUGGAAGAUGUUUAGGUUUUCGAUAGCGGCUCUUCAAUUGAUCGAGCUAUUCACCAGUUCUUUGGUUCAUUUAUUGUUUGGGUUAUACAUUUUUAGCUCUGCAGUCGCCGGUGAUCUUUCAUUAGCUUUGAACGAUCUGUUUUUCAAGUCAAAUGUUGAACCAUCAAUCCGGGAUGAACAGUUUAUCGGGUCUCCAGCCGCUGAUAAUGAUCUGCCUCCCAUUGUGUUGGUUCAUGGAAUUUUUGGAUUUGGAAAAGGGAGAUUAGGGGGGUUGUCUUAUUUUGCUGGGGCAGAAAAGAAGGACGAGAAGGUUUUGGUGCCUGAUUUGGGUUCGUUAACCAGUAUUUAUGACAGGGCUAGAGAAUUAUUCUAUUACUUGAAAGGCGGCCAAGUUGAUUACGGUGAAGAACACAGCAAAGCUUAUGGGCAUUCCCAAUUUGGAAGAACAUAUGAACAAGGACAUUACCCUAUAUGGGACGAAGAUCAUCCAAUUCACUUUGUUGGGCAUUCUGCCGGAGCUCAGGUGAUACGAGCUUUGCAGCAAAUGUUGGCGGAUAAGGCGUUCAGGGGACACGAAAAUACUUCUGAAAGUUGGGUCUUAAGUGUUACGUCAUUAUCCGGUGCCUUCAAUGGAACCACACGAGCUUACUUGGACGGAAUGCAGCAAGAUGAUGGGAAAUCCAUGAAAUCGGUAUGCCUUCUCCAGUUAUUGCGUAUAGGAGUGAUCCUCUACGACUGGUUUGACAUUCCGUUCUUGAAAUAUUAUUACUGUUUCGGAUUUGAUCAUUUCAAUAUGUCAUGGAAGAAAUCGGGGAUAUGGGGACUUAUUGAUUGUCUUGUUGGAAACUCUGGCCCUUUUACUUCUGGUGACUGGAUCCUUCCAGAUCUUACAAUCCAAGGAGCUAUGCGUCUUAACAGCCGUCUUAACACCUUCCCUAGCACCUACUACUUUAGUUACGCGACAAAACGUACUAAAAAAUUCAUGGGUUUUACUGUUCCUUCCAACGUUCAAGGUGUCCACCCCUUGCUUUUCAUCAGAGUCUUGCAGAUGAGUCAAUGGAAGCACCCACCAGAUGUUCCUCCCCCUUUCAAAGGCUACAGAGAUGAAGACUGGUGGGAUAAUGAUGGCGCACUAAAUACCAUUUCUAUGACUCACCCCCGUAUCCCGGUUGAACACCCUAGUCGUUUUGUCGUUGAAGAUUCUGAAUGUCAACCCUUGCAAACAGGCAUCUGGUAUUACAAGAUAGUGGAAGGCGAUCAUAUACUUUUCAUAGUGAAUCGUGAAAGAGCAGGAGUGCAAUUUGAUGUGAUAUACGACAGUAUAUUUGAGCGCUGUAGGAAACAUGCAUUUAGAAAGGUUCCCACAAUGCCAGAUCAUGCUAAUUCAGGAAAUUAGGGGUAUAGAUUUGUGUUUGUACGCGACGCAAAUGUUGUUGCAAAUGAUACCUACCAACUGCUGUUGUUGUUGUUGUUGUUGUUGUUGUUGUACAGCAAUAGAUUCGUGAAGAAUUUAUGUAUGUGUUCGCCCUCUUCUUGUAUUGUAUUACACAACUGAUAUGCUUCGUGCUAAUGAUGUAACCGUUUUUAGAAGCAAAAUAGAGCUUGUUUUGCUUGUU